AUGAAAAUGAUAAUAAAAAUUAAAUAUAAAGUUCUGUCGAUAAUUAUAAGUAUUAUUGUUCAUGGCUAUGCAGAAAAUAUUAAUGUUUACGGUCCUGGCUUACAACCCCACAAAGUAGUAUUACCGGCACGAUAUUUUUUCGUUAACUUUACUAAUAUAAAUGAGGACACGUACACAAAUGAUUUAGGUCAAAGUGUAGCGGUAGAAAUAACAGGAACAGCUUUUAAAAAAUCUCAUUGCCGUAUAUGGUCCAAUGUUCUAGAUAGAAAAGACGGCACAUUUAUAGUUCGAUACAAGUUGUAUGAGGAAUGUUCAUCACUUUCCAUUAAUAUUUAUUACAAGAAUAAACAUAUACAGCAAUCACCUAUCACUUUUGAAGGACCCAUCAAACAAGAUCAAUGUGUUUGCCCAGAACCAGAUUUAAAUGUAUGGUUACAGAAUAAUGAAUGUCCAUUGUCUUAUGAUCAAAUCAAUGAUGACCUUAGGCCCUUUGAACAAGUCAAAAUAAAAAGGCAAAUAACUAAAAUAAUUAAAAAAUAUCACAAUCCUGAAAGUACCAGUUUUUGCCACUAUGUAGUUAAGAGUAAUGAAUUAUAUAGAAAGUGUUAUGGGAAACAUAUUGGUUUUAACAUGUUUGCUGACAAUAUUUUGUUAUCUAUACUGAGAAAAGUCCUUAUACCGGAUAUAGAGCUGGUUAUCAAUCUAGGUGAUUGGCCCCUGACUAGAAAGGGCUCUGAUAUACUUCCCAUUUUUUCCUGGUGUGGAAGUGAUGAAUCUCUUGAUAUUGUAAUGCCAACUUACGACAUCACUGAAUCAAGUUUAGAAAACAUGGGCAGGGUAACAUUGGAUAUUCUAUCAGUUCAAGGAAAUGUAGAUAGAAAAUGGACUAAAAGGGAACCUCGUGCGUUUUGGCGAGGUCGCGAUUCACGUGAAGAACGAUUAAAGCUAAUAGACAUUGCUAGAGCCAAUCCAGACUUACUGAAUGCAUCUUUAACAAACUUUUUCUUCUUUCGUAAUAAAGAAGAAGAGUAUGGACCAAAAUUACCACAUAUAUCAUUCUUCAAGUUUUUUGAAUACAAGUAUCAAAUCAACAUAGAUGGGACAGUAGCUGCAUACAGACUACCUUACCUUUUAGCUGGUGGAGGUAUGGUUUUGAAACAAGAAUCCCCAUACUAUGAACAUUUCUAUCGGCAACUGAAACCUUGGAAACAUUACGUACCUGUGGCCAGAGAUCUUAAUGAUUUAACAGAAAAGAUAAAAUGGUCAAGAGACCAUGAUGAUGAAGCUCACACGAUUGCCAAAAACGCAAAAAACUUUGCGAACGAAAAUUUGCUUCCACAUCAUAUUAUUUGCUAUCAUGUUGUUUUACUUUCAGAAUGGAGCCGGAAACUUGAUGAAGAAAUUACUGUAGAAGCUAAUAUGACACAUGUGCCACAGGACACAUUUCCUUGUAAUUGUGCAAAAGGGAAUAGUCAUGAUGAACUGUAA